GCCAUCACAGAAACAACAGGAACCUCAAUCAUACAUUCGAUCUCCCUGAACUGAGCGAAAUUGUCAUCGGCUUCAAAGUUUUCUUCGAUAGAACCGAUAUUGUCGUCAAUCUCUACACGGCAGAAAAUGAAGGCAAGAGUCAGACUAAAAAUUACGGGAAGAGUGAAGAAUGGCGGUUCUUCAGGAUAACACAAGAUGAAUACCGGAUACCCAAUGGCCAACCAGUUAACCUUAAAGCCAUGAAUAUUACUACUUUGGUUGGAAGGAAAUUCGCAGUUUCAAGCAGCGAAAGGGUCUGCUGGCGUAUGUUCCUCCCUAGUGGUAAUGUGGAAUGCGAGUUACCUCCUCCAACUUCCGAACAACCAGAAUAUUCAACCCCUGAUCCUGAACAUCAUCGCAAUGAUAGUACCAUAUGCAAAAUUUCACCUAACAGUGAGAAUGUUAGUACCAUCACCCUCAUCCUCAUAGCCGCUGUGAGCGUUUUGGUGGCCUUGUUGUCUGGGCUGAUCUGCUACCUGCAUCACCUGAAGAAGCAGGUUAAGAGGGCGCAAGAAGGGAAGCAAACAAUCACCAACAACCCAGAAAACCAGACGAUACACUUCAACACGAGGAACGCUACAGGAGCCGUCUCAGACGCGACAGCUCGAAGACCCAACUCGGCCCACGAGAGUGAAAAUAGCAUCUACGGUGCUGUUAUUCGCUAAAGCUCGAAUAUGAAAUGACAAAACACAAUAUAUAAAUACACAUACACACCACUAUAUAUAUAUAUAUAUAUAUAUAUAUAUAUAUAUAUAUAUAUAUAUAUAUAUACACUAUAAUGUUUUAUUCUUACCUAAUGGUCACCCCAGUCGUAAGAUGAAAGUUGUUGUAUAAUAAU